AUGAGAAGAGUAGUAGUAACAGGCAUGGGAGCAGUAACUCCUCUUGCUGUCGGUAUUUCCAAGUCCUGGCAACGACUCGUGGAGGGCAAGUGUGGUAUUCGAUCCAUCAAGAACCAGCUCGAGUUCAAUGGCAUACCCAGCCAAGUCGCCGCCACCAUACCAAUUGGUACAUCUGGAAGUGGGGGGUGGGAUCCUAACGAAUGGCUAAGGCGGGGGGAUGCACGAAGAAUGGCUCUUUUCACGCAAUACGCUGUUGCAGCGGCGGAAGAAGCGCUAGACGACGCCCGGUGGAGGCCAACCAGCCAGAACCAGCAGGAACGAACUGGAGUUUGUUUAGGAUCUGGAAUCGGCAGUCUAGAGGAUAUGUACGAUUCCUCAACGACUUUAUCGAAAGGUGGUGCCAAAAAAUUAAGCGCACUCUUCGUUCCCCGGUUACUCAUAAAUCUUGCCGCCGGGCACAUUACCAUGAAGCACAACUUCCAAGGCCCUAAUCACGCUGUAUCGACCGCCUGCACGACUGGUGCGCACUCCAUUGGCGAUGCCAGUCGUUUCAUACAAUUUGGCGACGCAGACGUGAUGAUCGCCGGGGGCAGCGAAGCCUGUAUUCACCCCCUCGGCCUGGCAGGUUUCUCCCGGCUAAAGAGUCUGUCGUCGGACUCUAACAGUCAUCCGGAGCGGUCCUCCCGCCCAUUUGACCGCGACCGCUCAGGAUUCGUUAUGGGUGAGGGUGCCGGAGUCCUCGUGCUUGAAGAACUAGAGCAUGCCUACGCCCGCGGGGUGACUCCCUACGCAGAACUUCGGGGAUACGGAUUGUCUUCGGAUGCCCACCACAUUACUGCCCCGCCGGAGGAUGGGGGCGGCGCGUAUCUUGCUAUGAAAAGGGCGUUGCAACACGCCCGGAUCAAGCCCAAGGAUGUGGACUACAUAAACGCCCAUGCAACUUCGACCCUGCUUGGGGACGCGGCGGAGAAUAGAGCCAUCAAGCGAUUGAUGCUUGGAGAAGAGGGGCGCGAAAAGGCUUCUGAUGUGAAUAUUUCUAGCUCAAAGGGUGCUAUUGGACAUCUACUUGGUGCGGCUGGCGCCGUGGAGGCGAUUUUUGCUGUCAAAGCAUUGGACGAGGGUCUCCUGCCGCCCACGUUGAACUUAGAAAACACCACGGAGGAGUUUGACUGUAAUUACGUCCCCUUGAAGACGCAGAGCGAGAAGGUGGACGUGGCAAUUUCCAACAGCUUUGGGUUUGGGGGCACGAAUGCGAGUCUUUGCUUCUCGAAGGUUGCUUGAUUGAACACUAGAUGGAGGUCGUAGUGGUGGUGUCGUGAAAUUGGCUCCAAGGCUUAAAUUGUGUCGAUAGGGGGUUGCAAUGUACCGAUGGGCAUCGUGAGAUGGAACAAGAAUCGUAUAACCUCCAUGUUUUCAAGGGAGUGUACGUAGAUAGGCCGCUAAUAUCGUGCAUCAAAUGUAUGAUAAAAAGGGGUUGUGAUAUCCAAUGGCUUUCCUUCUUCGA